AUGGACAAACUCUGGGUAUACCUCGCCAUCGCAACGGCGCUCUGGCUUGCGCUGAAAACGUACAGAACCCUCACCUCCCCACUGAAAUCCAUCCCGGGCCCCCUGUAUACACUGUUCACGCGCCUCCCCCUCAAACUGUCCAUAAUCACCGGCCAACGAAUCCACUUCAUCGACAACUUACACAAGGAUUACGGGCGCAUCGUGCGCAUCAGCCCGUCCGAGAUCUCCAUCUCCUCGCUCGCGGACUUCAAAGAGAUCCACCGCGUCGGCACGCCGUUCCUCAAGAGCACAUGGUAUCAGGAGUUCGUGAUGGGGCAGGCUGAGCCUGGGAUCUUUGCUGUGAGGGAUGUCAAACAGCACGCUGCGAGGAGAAAGUUGUUUGCGAGGGCGUUUUCGAAGAGUGAGCUUAGACGUGUUUGGGAGGGGGUUGUGCGGGAGAAGGUUCGUCUGGCAGUCGCCCGGAUGAAGGGGGAGUUGGAGGGUCCAACUGGAGAUGGAAAGUGCGAUGUGCUGAAAUGGUGGACGUUCCUUGCGACCGAUGUAGCCGGGCAUCUGAUGUUUGGGGAGGAUUUCGGGAUGCUGGAGGGUGGGGUGAAGAACGAAUACAUCCACAUCCUCGAGUCCACGAUGAAAGGAUCUGGCAUCAACGCGGAACUCCCGCUCGUCGGGUUCAUCGGGCGGCAUUUGCCCAUCGCAAGCAUCAGGUGCAUGUUCCGGGCGAACGACUAUCUGACUGAGUACGGUCGGAAAGCAGUGACGAACGCCCGGUCGAACAGCGCAUCGAGCCGGAACAUCUUCUCGGGUAUGCUCUAUGAAGCUGAGAAGGGCAGUAGUGGCGAGGGUGGGUUAAGCGAGCUUGACGUUGUCUCUGAAGCCGGCAAUCUGAUUGUCGCGGGUUCAGACACGACGGCCGUGACGCUGACGUAUCUAGUCUGGGCUGUGUUAAGCAGGCCGCAAUUGCAGCGUGAUCUUGAGAACGAACUUCUCGGGCUGGGAGAGUCGUACGACGACGCAAAACUGGAGACCCUCCCGCUGCUCAACGCCGUCAUCAAGGAGACAUUGCGGCUAUACGGCGCCGCCCCGGGGUCUCUCCCGCGCUCUGUCCCUGAAGGCGGCGCGACUCUUGGAGGUUAUUUCAUCUCCGAGGGUAUGACCGUCAGUACACAGAGCUGGACGAUGCACCGGGACGAGGAUAUCUUUGCCGACGCUGAUGUCUUCGAUGUGUCGAGGUGGCUCAAGGACGGGAACCCCGCGGCACAGACCGCAUUCUCGCCAUUCGGCGCCGGAGCGAGGGUAUGCCUUGGUAUUCAUCUCGCGUACAUGGAGCUCAGGCUUGCGGCCGCCGAGUUCUUCAGGGAGUGCCGGGGCGUGAAGCUGGCACCGGGCACGACGCCGGAGAGCAUGAAGCCCGAGAACUACUUUCUGAUUGCGCCGGCUGGGCAUCGGUGUGAUAUUGUGCGGGGGUAG